CCUCUCUCUCUUCUUCCACUUCUCACCCCGCACCACCUUUUCCUCCUCCUCCUCCUCCGGCCGCCACUUCCUCUCAACUCACUAGCUCAGAAUCCAGUCUUCAAUGGCAGCCAGAGAGCCUUUCAACGUAACCGCCAAGUCUCCCUUGGCGGCGCAGCCUCACUCGCCGUGGCAUUCCCCGAUUCCUUACUUGUUUGGUGGCUUGGCAGCCAUGUUGGGCCUCAUUGCUUUUGCUCUGCUAAUCCUUGCAUGCUCCUAUUGGAGGCUUUCCGGGUAUCUCGAGGGAGACGGCGCCGCAGAGAGAGACCUCGAGGCGGCCGAGGGGAAGAGUGAUGACACCCAGAAGCCGCCAACGGUGUUUGAAGAUAAAAUUUUGGUGAUUAUGGCUGGUGAAGUGAAGCCAACAUUCUUGGCUACACCCAUGUCGAGUCGGUCUUCUUCUUUCACGGAUAGUUGUAGCAGUUGUGGUAACGAAAAGGCGGUGGAAAUGGCAGAGACAGCAAAGAAGCAAGGUGUUGGUGAUCAUGCCCAGGUACCACAUGAGAAUGAAAACAGGGAGACCCCUGAGACCUCAGCAGAUCAGGCCCAUUAAUUUCCAUCUUUUUGGCUCUUGUGGUCCUUGGCUCUAGAUGGUUUAGUACUCGUGCGAGCACAUACUAGAUGUUUACUUUUUUUAUUCUGGUUCAUUUUGGGAGCGUCUGUGAAUGAGCUUGCAUGCUAGAAUAUUGGUGUGGGUUAUUCUGGGAUGUACUUCCUUUUUCUUCCCAAUCUUUUUUCUCUUCGGGAAAUGUAAAUUGAUUUGAGAUGGAAUGGAAGAAGCACCAAUUCUUCACCUUA